AUGCGCUACGCACUCAUUGCUUCGGCCCUUGUGGCCAGCGUCCAGGCACACGGCCUCGUCCGCUGGGUCUAUGGCGCCAACGGCGUCAAGAUGCCCGGCCUUACCGUCACCGACGGCACGCCGCGCAAGUGCGUCGUCAACGCCUGCGGCGCGCAGGCCGACACGGGCAUCAUCCGCGACCAGGACAUCAACGCGGGCAUCGUCGGCCCGCUGGGCAAGACGCAGGGCCACGGCAAGGUCGACCCGGAGACCAACGUCGCCGUCUGGCUGGGCAACAAGCCCUCGCAGGCCGCCCCGGCCAACAAGGGCGCGGCCGACUCGGUGGGCGUCGAGGACAACCUCGGCGCGUUUGCGCCCCAGAAGACCCAGAAGAGGAGCUGGCGCAGAGACAUGAUGGACACGAUCCUCGGCGCCGCGGCCAACACCCCCGUCCUUGGCCUUUCUGGCAUUGGGCCCACCAAGGACACCAGCGACAUGGGCAAGGAGGAGAACAUCAUCACCAAGACGGCUGGCGAGGGCAAGGACAAGGGCCUCCCCACCUGCGGCAAGGACGGUGUCAUUGAGCUGGGCUACUUCCAAGUGAACCAGGACGGCGCCGGCCCCCUGACGGCUGCCAUCGACUGCACGUCCGGCGGCAAGGACCCCAAGGCAUUCAAGACUGCCCAGGUCGUCCAGGACGCCCCCGGCCUUGGCAUUUCCGGCCUGUCCAUCGCCACGCUCGUCGAGUACGCCGUCAAGGUCAAGAUGCCCAAGGAGUGCACCAAGUGCACGGGGAAGCUGGGUGGCGCCGACAACGUCUGCGUCGUCCGCGUGCGCAACAACGCCCUCGCUGGUCCCUUUGGCGGCUCUGGUGCCUUUACCUGCGACCUCAGCGGCGGAAAGCGCUCUGUCGUCUUCACGGCUUAG